GUAUUGUAGAUGAAUGUGGAUAUAUAAAUAUACAUAUACGUACUGGAUAGCAAAGUAUAAUGUAUAGACUGUAGAGCUUCAUCAUCGUCGUCGUCGUCGUCGUCAUUGUCGUUGUCGUUGUCGUUGUUGCCGUCGUUUUCAUGCGGUCACAUGCAACAGGUAGCAUUGUAUAUUUAUUAAUAUUGAAAAUACAUUUUACAAAUAUCAUACACUAUAUUAUUAUAAAUUUGAAAUUCCUUAAUUAUUUAAAAUUAUCAAAGCUGUUAAUCCACUGUGAUUAUUAAAUUGUAAUGUUUUUAUAUAAAAAAAUAAUAAUAAUUUUAUAAGUAAGUUAAAAAAUAUAUAUAGUUACCGAGUAAACUGAUUCACGUCAUUCGCAAUGUUAGUUGAAUAUUAUCAAUCAAAGGAGUCAUUAUCAAUAUGUUUUAAUACUUAAAAUUAUUACUAACGAUUGAAAGUAAUAAUAAUAAUAAAAAUAAGAAGAAGAAGAAAAUUAAAUUAAAUUAAAUAUAAAAAUGACUCAAUGGAUAUCGAGGAUAAUAGUGAUAAAUUAAAAGUAAAAUCGCGUAUACCCGAUUUUACAACAUUCUUACCUAAAUCAUUGGUAAAAAAUAAUGAAAUUUCUAGUUCGACGAGUUCAAAGAGUUCAACGAGUUCGCCUUCUCAUAAUUCUGUAACAUGUAAAGAUUUUGGAGAAGGUGGAGUUGAUAAACAAUCAUUCAAAUUGAGUCGUGAUAAAAAAUCAAGUAUUCCUAUAUUACGAAAACACGAAAUUCGCGAAUAUGAAGACAUUAAUCUACGAAGCGAAACACGAAAAUCACAAAUUCCACUACAACGAAAUAAUCGUGGUAGUACUGAUGACUUGAGAUCAUCAUCAUCAUCAACUACAACAACUGUUUUAUCACCAUCACGAUUAUUUUAUAAUAAUAAUAAUAAUAAUAGUAAUAACAAUUAUUAUUAUUCACGUAGCUAUCAAGUUGAUAAAGAAGUUGUUAAUUCGCCGAGUCUUAUUCCAAAAUUAUUAUUAUUAAAAAAAAAUCGUGACAAACGUACUAAUAAACGAUUAGAAGAGAAUAGUAGCAAAAAUAAACUUUCAGUUGCAAUGGAUGAUUCAAAUGAUUGUAUAAAAGAUAAUGAUAAAAAAACAACAUCAACCGAAAUUUCUGUAAAUGAAGAAACAAUAAUUGCUAAAAAUAAUAAAACUGUUAAUAAAGUACAGGAUGAUGAUGAUGGUGAUAAUAAUAAUGAAGAUGUUGAAGAAAAAAUAAAUUUAUCGAAUAAAAGUGAGGAUGAUAAAAUAAUAAUAAUAAAGGAAGAUGGAUUAAAUUCAGAUGAUAUUACUGAUGAUACUGCUGUAAAUCGGCGAUUAUCAAGCCAUUUAUCACCAGAAGCUAGUCCUUUAAGUACUCGUUCUUCAUCAAGAUACAGUCCUCGUGAAAGUGAGAGUGAACCUACACCAGGUCUUCCACGUAAAAUAGUAACUACUGGAAGUGAAUCUUUGUCAUCACAACGAAUACGAGAUGCUAUUACAAGAACAAGACGUGAAUCUAACAGUAGUACUCGAUAUGAAAGUUCUGGCAGUGAAAGCAUUAGAUUAAGUGAGUCGGGAUUAUGUGAUUAUGUUGAUUUGGCAAAGAAAUCUCGAUUGGAUCCACGAGAUAUUGUCGUUGAAAAUUAUGAGCGUGACAGAGUACAACGUGACAGUGAAGACGAUCAUCCACCACGACUUAAUGACGCUCGUUCAGAGUCAGCGAUUAAAUUUUCAAAUUUAUCCUCUCAAGGACGAACAAUAUUACGACGACGCAGACAAUUUGAUUCACAAGGUUCAAGAAGACGAGGAAGAUCAUAUGCACGCUCAUAUAGCACAGAAGAUAUUGAAUUUCAAAUAGCUCGUCAAAGUCUUUUACGUGGCAAUGGAUCAGCAGCAGAUUCAUCAAAAAUUUCUGAUUAUCGUCGACUGGUAUUUAUAAGCUCAGAUUCGUCAUCCGGACGUGAUGAAGAAGACGAUGCUGACAGUAGCUGCUCUGGUUCGUCUUAUUUGACUGCUGGAAUACCUAUAGGAACAACCAGAAAUAAUAAUAAUAACAAUAUUAGUGGUAGUAGUCACAGUCAGAGUCUCGAAGAUUGUGAUUGGGAUUAUUUUGAAAGCAAUAGUUUGCCUUCUUUGCCAUCAGCCUUGUGUGGUGAUUCUGUUCGUUCUCAUGCUAAUGAUAUAAAAGAUGGAAAUGUUUGGGAUUGUUGUCUAGGUCAACGACGUGGUUCCAGUACUUGUUGUCUGGCAUGUGGAGGUAGUAGUAAUAGAAACGUGUUGCCAGUUCCUGUGCCAAUACCAGUUCCAGUACCUUAUCCGGUACCAGUACCAGCAUCUCUGUGGAAUAAUCAAGAUUUUGCAGCUGCUGCAGCUUCAUCAAUGAUAACAGCUACAAAAUCAGAUAACAAUUUAAAAUUUAAAAACGUUGCGGGUUCUUCUAUCGGGCCUUGGUUUUCAUGGCAUCCAAAAUUUAUUUCACAAUCUGAAAUUCAUCGAGGGCUUUAUUGUGAACAAAAAAUAAGUGAUCCAAGUUUCAAUACUGCUGAUUCUAUUUUUACAUUUCGUCCUGACGGUUCACUUGUUGGGCAUUAUGAAAGUAUUUAUCAUGGAUCUCUUUUAACAACACUCGAUCAUAAAUCAAUGCCAUUGAAUAAUGAAAUAAAAAAUCAUCAACCACAAGUUGAAGAAUCUCAACAGGAGGUUAAAUUAGAAAAACAAUUAAUAAUAAAAGAACAAGAAUUAAAUUCAAAUCCAUCAAUUGAUAGUGAUAAUCUAAAUCAAUUAGAUUUAGUUAAUAAUGGUGAAAAUAAUAAUGAUGAUAAUGAAGCUGAUAAAGUUGAUAAAGUGCCAUUGACUGAUGAUAAAACAGACAAUAAAGAUAGUAAAUUUGAAAAAUCAAUAUUAUUAGCAACUGAAAUUGAUGAAAAUUCAGAUCAAGAUCAAGAUGAUGAUCAUGAUUCAUCGUCAUCCUGUGCAGAUAGUAGUGAUUUUGAUGAUGAAAAUAAAUCACAUCAUUUUUCCCGUGUGUUUGUUGUCAAUAAUGAUGAUGAUGAUGAUGAUGAUGAUGAUGAUGAUGAUGAUGACGAUGUUAAUUAUAGUGAUUCCUUGGCAAGUAAUCAACACAAAGGAAUAGAAGAACAAGACGAAGACAAUGAAGUUAUUCUCAAAAAUAUAAACUUUUUAUCAAUAAAUUCUGAUUCAUCGAAUAAACAAGAGGAAAAUUUAAACGAACAAUCAGCUACUUUAAUAAAAAAUUCUAAAAAUAAUAAUAACAAUAAUGAAAUUAGUUAUUCAGCUGAUUCAAUAGAUUCUUCAGAUGAUAAUAUAAUAACAUUGAGAUCAAUACGUAAUAUAAAUCCUGAUGAAAUAAAUUUUUUAUCAACAUCAGAAACAAAAGAAAUAAUUGUAAAUAACGAUAAAAAUAAACACUUUAAUGAUGAUAUUAAAGAAGAAGAUGAAGCAGAAGAAGAAGAAGAUGAUGAUGAUGAUGAUGACGAAGACGAAAAUAACAUAGAAAAUUAUGAAUCAAUGGUAGCAGAUUCAUUGGAAAUAAAGGAAAAUGAAAAUGUAUAUUUACUUAAUCAUAAUUAUACAAAUAGUAAUAGUGAAAUAAAUAAUAAACGUGAUAUAUGUGCCUUAUCAACGGUAUCAAAUUUAUUAGACUGUUGGAAUGAAAAUUUAAGUAAAAAAAAAUUAAAAUCAACAACUGCAUCGUCAUCAUUAGUAAUUAAAGACGAAAAUAAUAAAGAAAAAUUCAAAAUAAAUAAAAGUAUAGUAGUUAGUGAUGAUACAUCAAAAGAAUCAAUGAAAGAAUGCCAGGUGAAUGUAGUAAGUAGCGAACAACAGCUGGUGGGAGAAAAUGAGGUGGAUACAAGUGAAAAUACAGGUGGGGAGACAGUGCGCCGGGGAACGCGACUUGAUUCAGUUGAACGUCGCCCGUCUACUCGCGAUGAUAAUGUAUUUUUACCUGACGAAUUAUUAUCCUCAUCUUCAUUACCAUCAUCAUCAUUAUUACCAACAACAACAACGACAACAUAUUCUUCACCACAAAAUAUUUUGUCACAAAAUAAUAAAUACAAGAGUUUUGUGAUGAUUACAUCGGGUGCUUAUCAACCAGUUAGUGUUAUAACUUCAGAUACGACAACGUUAUUGCAGCCAGAUGAUAAUAAAACACAAGAGAAUCAACAGACUCAACAAACUCAACAGACUCAACAGCAGUCAUCGUCAGGCCUGGCUGGAUACUACCAUCUGGCGUUGGAGGCGUUGGAAACACCUCAACGAACAGGCUCGGGACCACGUCGACCGUUAAUGAUUAAACGACGGUACGAUGACCACCCAUCCGAACUUGAAUCUGAAUUACAAGAACAAACAGUUAACAAUAAAACAAAAGGUAUUAUAUCCACAACAAAUAAUUCACAAAAUAAUUAUUUUGUUAAUAUUGAUAUAGAAAAAGAUAAUUCAAUUGAUAAUGAAAAUAAUGAUGAUGAUUUAGUUUGUUCAACAAAUAAAUUAAAAAAAUUAAAAAUUUCUGAUGGUAAUAAUAAAAUUUCACAUCAUGUUGAUGUUAUACUUGAAGAAGGUCUUGCUGAUGAUGAUUCUUGGGUUGAAGAAGUCUCACAUGAUGAAGAUGAACAGAGUACACCAACAACAACAAACACUGAAGACAGUUCAGAGGAUGAAGUUAAUAAUCUUGGUGGUGAUCGUGAAGAAGAAUUACGUGGUUAUCAUCGUCAAGCUAUUGAUUUUACUCUUCAUACAAUUGUUGAAGAAUCUUGUGAAGAAAGUGAAGCUGAAUUUAGUCUUAGUAAUACUAAUUGGAAAUCAAAAUCUCAUGAAACUUCAUCAACUUCAUCAACAUCACAACUUGAAAAAUAUUUUUUCUUUGGACUUGGAGGUAUUGAAUCUAGUAAUUUAAACACAAAAAAUUAUGAAAAUACCAAUAAUGAUGAUAAUAAUAUUGAUUAUAAUGAUGAUGAUGAUAAUGAUAAUAAUAUUAUAAUUAAUGAUGAUAACGAAAUAAAAUUAACAAAUGAUUUAAUAAAUAACGAUAUGACAUCAUUAUUGUUAUUAAAUCGUGAAAUUGAUAGUCUUUCAGAAACUUCAUCAGUUUAUUCUGAAGGUGUUCAAGAGAGUCAUCAAGAAUCAGGAACAAUAAUAAAUUGUUUAAAUGAUAACAAAAGUGCCAAUGACUUUAAUUCAUCACGAUUGGAAAAAUAUUUUUUAUCUGAAUUUUUGGGUUUUCGUAAUGAAGAUCGUAGAGAUUCAGAUGGUUCAGUAGGAAGUGAUUCUGAAGGACGUCCAAGUCCUGAAGCUCAACGUCGUAAACGUUUAGUUCGUGCUCGAGGUACUGGAAGAUCUCACAGUUCUUCACUUGAUAAUCUUUUAGCUUUAGCACAAACUUCACAAAAUUCAACUUUACAAAAUUCAUUGCAAGAUCUUAGUAAUAAUCAAGAUUCACCAGAUGAAUCUGAUGAUUCAACUGUAAGAACUGAUGAAGAUGUUACUGGAUUUGUUGAAGGAGUAGAUACUGUAAAACGAAAAAAGAAAAAAAGAAAUUUAGGAACACAGAGCCCUCGUAAUACUGAUUCUAAUAAUAAAAGUCCUGAAUUGGAUAAAUUUGAUGAUUCUGAUAAAUUUGAAAAUGCUGUUUCUCUUAUUAAUGAAAAUAAUCAGACGAAUUCAGAAGAAGAAAGAUCUAAAACUCCUCAACCCAGUGAUUCUUCAUUGACAAUUACAUCUUCAUCAAAUAAUAAUAAUAAUAAUCAUAAUCAUAUUGAUGGUGAUACGGUUGAUGAAAAUACGAAUAAUUCAACAGAUCCUGAUCGUAAACAACAAUCAAGAGAUUCUGGAUUUGUUGGUAGCUGUGAUGAUUUAAUUCAAUCAGAACCAUCAAUUGAUUCUAAAGAAAAUAAAGAUUCAAAUAAUAUUGACAAUAAAAAUGUUUGUGAAAAUAACAACAACAACAACAAUAAUAAUAACAAUGAUAAUAACAAUAAUAUAAAUAAUAAUAAUAAUGAUACAAAUAAUAGCAAUAAUAAAAAUAAUAAUAAUAACAAUAGUAAUAAUAAUAAUAGUAAUCCAAAGGAUAAAAAUGAAUUUUUAGCAGCAUCAAAUAUUCAUAUUAAUACUCAUGCAUUAUCAAGAAAAGAUAGUUUUAAUAAUUGGUCAAGUGAUGAGGAAACAAAUUUAAUGAUGUCUAAAAUGCGUCAAUUUUUCAAAACUAUGGUUGCUAAUUCAAAUAAUACAGUAUUAACUUGUCAAUUGUUAUCAUCUUCAUCAAUUAGUACAACAACAGUAACAGCAACAACAACAACAUCAACAGCAACAACAACAAAAACAAAAACAAAAACAACAACAAUGCCAACACCAACACCAACGCUUACGCCAACACCAAGUAAUUCGAAUCAAAUAGAACGAAUAGAACAAGAAUUACCACGAGGAAAACGUACAAAACCACCGCAAUUAGUAUACUUUGAAAAUGAACUUACACGUCUUAUGAAAACUGUACCAGGUAUACGUGAUGAUCAAGUACGUGAAAUUGUUGAGUAUUUAAGUUCUGAAGAUACUUGGUCUGAUUCAUAUGAUAGUUCUGAUUAUACAAGUUCUGAUUUAGAAGGAGCAGCAGCUGCUGCUGCUGCUGCAAGCCGUCGUUCAACUUUACAAGAACAAAUAUCAGCCAGUUGUCAACAAAUAAUAAAUAAUUUUGAUGUUAAUUCUGAUGUUAAUCUUUGUUCAAGUACUCUAUCACCAAUCGACAGUAAACAAUCUAAAGAAUCAAUUUCUAGUGGCAAUAUGGGUAAAGAUACAGCUUUUGUUUAUCAAAAAUUAGUACAAAGUUUUACUAAAAUAGCUGGAGAUGUUAGUUCAGAUGCGAGUUCAACUCCUCACAGCAGCCCUCCAUUAAUUGCCAAAGUAAUGCAUCAUAUUGGUAGUAGAUUAGUUGCUCUUAUGCAUCAAGUAUCUGAAAAUAAUUCAAAUGUUUCUUCAUCUUCUUAUUCAUGGCGAAGAUAUCCUCAACAUACCAGAACUCCUUCAUCAGCAUCAACAACAACUGAAGACGAUGACUCAACAUCUGAUUCAGCACAUCAAACUCCAACAUUUAGUCAUCUUCAACUUCCACGAUCAAAAUCUCAUGAUCCUUUACUUCUUAUCAGUGGACAUCAAAUUGGAACUGGUCAAGAAAAUGAAGAACGUGAGACCAGUGAUUAUGAAAGAUUUUCAUGGCGCGGUAGCUUCGAAUCUGCAUUAAUGGCUGCUGAUUCACGUACUAAACUCAGUUUAUUAACUUGUUCAGGAGAUAUUGGGUCCAACAAUACAAAUUUAAAUACAACAAAUGCAUUGGCAAUGGCUGCUAAAAGACGAAGUGCUGGAGAUUUAUUAUUUAAUCCUAAGAGUUUUUCACGUGAACAAUUGGAUCGAGUAAGGAGCUGUGGAUCUAUUGGAGCUGGAAGUAAUAGCAUUAGUACAAGUGCCAAUCAAAUAAAUGGAGCUGGAAAUACAACUGGUUCUAUUGAAGAAAAAAUAUGGAGCAAUAGACGUCGAUCAUCAGUUCCAGAUGAUUCACGGCAUCGACGACGUCAAUCAUCAUCAUCAACAUCAGCAGCAGCAAUUUGUACUACUGCUGAUCAACAUGAAGACGAUGAUGAUGAUGAUGAUGACAAUGGUGAUAACGAUAACGAUGAUGAUGAAGAUUCUGCUGAUGAAUUUGAAUUUAAUGGUGAUUCACGUGCUAUGACCUUGCCUAGAGGAAUACAACAAACUUCAACCUCAACCUCAACAACUAAUUCAUUACCACGUCUUCCAGCAGCUAAUAAUAGUAAUAAUAAAAAUAGUAGUAGUAGUAAUAGUAGUAUUGGAUUUGGAUCAUCAUCAAUGCACAAAGCUCACAGUAUGUAUCAUUUUUUGCCAUCAAAUACUGGAGUUAAAUCUGCUCGAUAUCGACCACCAGGUUUUGCCCGUAAUAGUUUAAGUUCUGGUGUACCUAAACGAGCACUUAGUGCUCCAGGACUUGAAAUAGCAGUUUCACCUAAUAUUAAACGUGAACGAAGACGUAGAGAAUCUAUUCCUAUUCCUGAUGAGGACAAUAGUUUAUCAGAAGCAUGCAGUACACCAAUUAUUGGAGGAACAAAUCGUUUAAUGAUUGAUGAAAGACGUUCAGGAACACGAGUUAAAGAUACAAAUCGUUCAUCUUUAUCAAGUUUAGGUGCACGUUCAGAUUCAAUGGCAUCUGUUUAUAGUGGAGCUGGUGAAGGUAAAUGGUGUGGAUCUGUUGCUGUUAAAGGUGAGGUUGAGUUUUCACUUGAAUAUGAUUACAAACAACUAACUUUCCAAGUUCAUAUUAGUCAAUGUAAAGAUUUGGCACCAGUUGAUAUUAAACGAAACCGGUCAGAUCCUUAUGUUAAAGUAUAUUUGCUGCCAGAUAAAUCAAAAGGAGGUAAAAGAAAGACAAAAGUUAAAAAACAUACAUUAAAUCCAGUAUUUGAUGAGACACUUAAAUUUAAUAUUAAUUUAAAUUCAUUGGAGACACGAAUACUGUGGCUUACUGUUUGGCAUUCGGAUAUGUUUGGACGAAACGACUUUUUGGGUGAAGUAAGAAUGCCACUAGAAAAUAAAAUAUUUGAUGAUCCAACACCAAAAUGGUAUCCUUUACAAGAAAGAUCUGAAUUAUUUGAUGAUCCUAUAGCUACAUAUAAGGGUGAGGUUAUUGUUGGUCUUAAAUUUGUUCCACCAGAAUUGUGUAAAUUAGAGAAAAAAGAUCGUGAUCGUGACCACUCAAAUACUACAAUUAUUGGAGAACCACGAAAAGGAAAAAAAAAUUGGAGUCGUGGUUCAUUGCAUGUAUUAGUAAAAGAAUCAAGAAAUUUACAAACAAGAACCAAAAAUUCAUCAGGAACUUGUGAUCCAUUUUGUAAAAGUUAUUUGUUACCAGACAAAGGAAGAUCAGGUAAACAAAAGACCAAUGUUGUGAGAAAGUCUGAUGGGAAUCCAGUAUGGGGACAUACAUUCAUUUAUAAAGAUGUAAGUCUUCAAGAGUUGGCUGAAAGGGGACUUGAAUUAACUGUUUGGGAUCAUGAUCGUAUUGCGAGUAAUGAAUUUUUAGGUGGCGUUAGAUUUAAUCUUGGCACUGGUAAACAUUAUGGAAAGCCAGUUGAUUGGAUGGACGCAACCGGACGUGAAUUAUCAUUGUGGCAAAAUAUGUUAGAGAGACCGAAUUUUUGGGUCGAGGGUGCGAUAACUCUUCGGCCCAAUUUGUACAAUCAUGGUAAACACAAUUUCUCUUGAUUAUUUACAUUAUUUACUUAUAUUAUUUUAUUAUUAUUCAUAUAUAUUAUAUAAUCUUAAGGCUAUGGGCCUUCAAGUACUUAAAUGUUCAAUAUAAGCAGUUGAUACUUAAUAUAAAAAAAAAAGUCUUGUUUGACAAAAAAUAUUUUUAAUAAAAGUAAUCGUCCGAUUUUGUUGUUUUAGUCAAACAUAAAUUGUUAAUAAUAUUUCAUAUAAAUAUAUAUUUAUAUUUUACAUUUUUAUAUUAGAAAACAAAAAAAAAAAAAAACAAAAAAAUUGAAACGGUAUAUUUAUUGAUAUUAAAUAUGCAUGUUUUCUCAAUAUUAAUUGAAAUACAUAUAUAUAUUUGGAAUAUAAUAUAUUUAUGUAUGUAUAUGAUGCAAUAUUCACGUAAUUGAAUAGCGAAUUCUAAAAAAAAAAUAUAUUUUAAACCUUUAAAAAAAAAAUCUAACUAUAAGUAUUUUUAUCUAACUCAAUAGUUUAUGAGCAAAAAAAAACUGCCAGUUAAAUAUUUUUCUGCAAAAUAAAAUUUAAAAAAAUAAAUAUAUAUACAUAUAUAUUUAACGGUGAAACUUUUUAUAAAAAAAAUUUAUAUAUGAAACUGUCAGCUAUUAUAUUAUUAUGGAAAUAUUUAUGCAUAGUUAUGAAAAGAUGU